UGUGAUGCUACGAUAGAUAUUCUUGUUCAAAGGCAGUGUCUUGGUCGGUAAUGGCAAAACAAAAGGUGGUGGAGAAGUGAGACUGAAAAGAGAAAGAGAAGGAGAAGGAAGCCACAGAAGGAGAGAGAGAGCCUCUGAAAAACCCAAGAAAAGAGAAUAAUCAAGAAUAAAUUUUUACUAAAAGAAAAGCAAAAGUAGCAAAACACAGUCUCUGUUUUCUGCUUUCAGUUUCCUUUCCAUGUUGUGUUCGUGAAAAAAAAAAAAAAAUCAGAACUUCGUUUUCAUUUUCAGUUUUCUUCCUUUCUUUCAUAAUCCUCCUACUCAUCAGUUUCAGUUGAAAAGGUUUCAAUUUCAUAGCUUAGCUUAAUAGCUAGCUUUCCUUUUUAACUGCCAUGGCCAUUUCGAACCGCCGCUGUCGUUUCUUAUUCUUAUUGUUUUGUCUUUGCUCUUGUUCCCGAGUUUCUCUUUCUUAUGAGCCCCGUAACCAUGAAGUGGAGGCGUUGGUGAGUAUAAAGAAUGGUCUGAAUGAUCCACAUGGAGUGUUGAACAACUGGGAUGAAGACUCUGUGGAUCCUUGUAGUUGGGCUAUGAUCACUUGUUCUUCUGAAAACCUUGUUAUUGGCCUUGGAGCUCCAAGCCAGUCAUUGUCUGGAAGUUUAUCAGGAACAAUUGGAAAUCUCACUAAUCUUCGCCAAGUGUUGUUGCAGAACAACAACAUUUCUGGUGAAAUCCCUCCUGAGCUUGGAGCUCUUCCUAAACUUCAAACUUUGGAUCUCUCAAACAACAGGUUGUCUGGUGUAAUCCCAAGCUCUCUUGGUCAACUAAAUAGUCUACAAUAUUUGAGACUGAACAACAAUAGCUUGACUGGACCUUUUCCUGUGUCUUUAGCCAAAAUUACUCAGCUUGCUUUCUUGGACUUGUCUUAUAACAAUCUCAGUGGACCAGUUCCCAAGUUUCCAGCAAGAACAUUCAAUGUUGUGGGGAACCCAUUAAUUUGUGGAAGCAGCUCCACUGAUGUUUGCUCUGGAUCACCCAAUAGUGUUCCUCUUUCCUUCUCUCUAAAUGCACCACCUGGACAACACAAUUCCAAGAAAUUAGUAAUUGGUCUUGGGGUUAGUCUAAGUGUUGUCUGCCUCAUACUCAUUGCUCUUGCACUACUUUGGCACAGAAAGAGACAGAGGAACCUCAAUAUCCUUAACAUUGGUGACAAACCGGAAGAGGGUCUAAUAAGCCUCGGCAAUCUGAGAAACUUCACUUUCAGAGAGCUGCAACUAGCCACAGACAACUUCAGCUCCAAGAACAUACUUGGUGCUGGAGGAUUUGGCAAUGUUUAUAGGGGAAAACUGGGAGAUGGGACUACGUUGGCGGUGAAAAGGUUAAAGGAUGUGGCUGGAACAUUCGGGGAAUCUCAGUUUAGGACUGAAUUAGAGAUGAUCAGUUUGGCCGUUCAUCGCAACUUGCUUCGGUUAAUAGGAUAUUGUGCCACCCCUAAUGAGAGGCUUUUGGUGUAUCCUUACAUGUCAAAUGGCAGUGUGGCUUCCCGGCUUAGAGCAAAACCAGCUCUGGACUGGAACACUAGGAAGAGGAUAGCAAUUGGAGCUGCAAGGGGUCUGCUGUAUCUACACGAGCAAUGUGAUCCGAAGAUAAUUCACAGAGAUGUGAAGGCUGCUAAUGUACUUCUGGAUGACUUUUAUGAGGCUGUUGUUGGUGACUUUGGCCUGGCCAAGCUACUUGACCAUUCUGAUUCUCAUGUCACUACUGCUGUCCGUGGUACUGUCGGGCACAUCGCACCAGAGUACCUCUCCACUGGUCAGUCAUCAGAGAAAACCGAUGUGUUUGGAUUUGGAAUUCUCUUGUUAGAGCUCAUCACUGGGAUGAGAGCUCUAGAGUUUGGAAAGACAAUUAAUCAGAAAGGAGCCAUGCUCGAGUGGGUAAGUUCAUUCUGCAGCUACUCUUUAGGUGAAGAAAAUUCUGCAGGAAAAAAAAGUAGAAGCGCUGGUUGAUCGGGAGCUAGGAUCCAACUAUGACCGGAUUGAGGUGGGGGAGAUUCUCCAAGUGGCAUUGCUCUGCACACAGUACCUUCCCGCCCACCGCCCCAAAAUGUCAGAGGUAGUUCGCAUGCUAGAAGGUGAUGGCCUAGUCGAAAAAUGGGCAGCAUCUCAUAAUCAUACUAGUCCCACCAUUAACCUCUUCCAUGGCAACCAUACCAGCAAAAACACAUCUUGCCCCACCACCGCACCAAACCAUGCCCACUCCCAUGACUAUUCAACAAUGUUUGGCACAACAAUGGAGGACGACGACGAUGACCAUUCUCUUGAUUCCUAUGCCAUGGAACUCUCCGGUCCAAGAUAGUAAUAAAAAAACAAAUACAAGUGAUUUUUUUUUUCCAAUUCUUUGCAAGCCAAUAUAUAUAUUUAAGCAAAGAUAGUUGUUAUGUAAAUAUUGCUUCAUGUUUUGGAUCAUAUGUACGUCAAAUUCUCCAUGUGGGGGGUCAUCUUUCUGUAUGGAGGGGGGCAUUAUGAAGAUUCUCUGACCCCAAGUGAGAGACACAGGAAGAAAUAGGCAAUUUGGGGAAUUGAUUUCUGAGUGGUUUUGACUGAUAGAUGAAAUGAGUUGUAUGUUCAAAUUGUGAGCUGUUACAGGUCAUUUUCAUAGCUGCUUUUAGCAGGUCACGCUGA